GGGAUUCUCCGGCGACGGUGGACUGGAUGCGGUACACAGCUUGGGCGCCUCGCUUGCAACCCUAAACGCUGCCAACAUCGUGGCCAACAACUACCACAAAUCAACUGGUACGACUGCUGGUUGCUUGGAUUCCUCCGAAUCUGCGACCUGCGACUCCUCCGGAUCAGAAACCUCCCCGACCCCGUCCCUAACCUCCCACCCAAGCUACUCGGAUUCUUUGAGGUUGUGAAGGAGCUUCAAAUCUUGGUUUCAUCCUCUUACUUGAAGUUACUUCUCAACCCCCACAGCCUGGAGCUCUAUAUGCAUGGAGUAGCGGGAUACAAUGGAAUCGAACCCUUUAAGUUCGUAGUGCAACGAGAUAUUGCAUUGCUGAACAAAGAAGACGAUCAUCUCAAAGGAGAGUACAAUGUGCCACCAAAAUGGAGAAGCAUGAGGAACAAGGCUAUGUAUCAGUCGGAUGAUGGGUCGUGGAAGUUGCAUGACUACAUGCCUCCUCCUCCGGAAACUGUUGUCCUUCUGUGA